AUGAAGUUCGGUGCUGCUCUUCUGGUCUUGGCCACAUCGGCCCUGGCUAACAACAUCCGGCGGGGAGGAGAUGAGUACGAGAGCCCAGACUCUGAGAGCGGAAAAGACUACGAGACUGGCGAGAACGAGUAUGGACAAGAUGAAGGAUACGGGGAGAAGGGCCACUACGAGCACGAGGUUAAGGAGGUCGCUGUGACCUACACCACCACAACCGUCUGUCCUGUCACCUAUACUCAUUAUAAGGAGGGAACCACCUACUGCGAGACCAAGCUCACUACCUCAACACUCGUUGUUGCUGAGACUAAGACUGUCGAUGUCACAGUCAAGGAGCCCGAUGUCACCAAGCACUACACUGAUGUUGACUACGUUACCAGAACAACAGUGUGCCCUGUUACCCAGACCAAGACUGUUGCUGGAGAGGUUAUUACUGAGGUCUACACGACUACCAGCAUUAUCUACGACGUUGUCAAGUCUACCGACUAUGAGCACGUUAAGCAGCCCGAUGUGACCAAGCAUGAAACCGAUGUUGUCUACAAGACACGAACUACUGUCUGCCCCGUGACAGUCACCAAGACCAUCGCCGGUGAGGUUGUCACUCAGACAUACACAACCACCAGCAUCAUCGAGGAGGUCGUCAAGUCCACUGGCUACGAGCACGUCAAGCAACCCGAUGUUACUAAGUAUGCUACUGAUGUCGAAUACGUUCAUAAGACCAAGGUCUACCCCGUCACUGUCACCAAGACCAUUGCUGGUGAGGUCGUCUGCGAGACUUACACCACCACCAAGGUCAUUGAGGAGAAGGUUGCUACAACUGAAUAUGAGCAAGUCAAGCAGCCUGAUGUGACCAAGUACGAGACCGAUGUUGUCUACAUCACCAAGACCAAUGUCUACCCAGUCACCGUCACCAACACUAUUGCCGGCGAGGUCAUCACCAAGGCCUACACCUCUACCGAGUACGUUGUCGAGAAGGUCCACAGCACCGUCUACGACCAGGUCAAGCAGCCCGAUGUUACCAAGCACGAGACAGAUGUUGUCUACCACACCAAGUACGAGGUUUAUCCCGUCACCGUCACCAAGACCGUUGAGGGUGAGGUUAUCACCAACGUUUACACUUCCACUUCCGUCAUCGUCGAAAAGGUUACCACCACUGUGCCCGCCGUCGAGACCAUCGUCAAGACUAUCGGCAAGGGCGAGGUCGUCACUCAGUACUCCAAGGUUUACCACACCGUUGGUGGCGGUACCGUCUAUGAGACUGUCGCUCCUCAGCCCACCACUGUUCAGGCUCCCGAGACAGAGGUUGUCACCCAGCCUGAGGUCACCGUCCCUGCCACUCCCACCAUUGCCCCUGAACCCGUUGCCACUGGGGCUGCCGCCGCCAACAAAGCUCCCGUCUUUGCCUUCAUGGCUGGUAUCCUCGGUGCCGUCGCUCUCAUCUAA